AUGCAGCGCAAGGCAAAAGGCAAGAAACCAGCCGCAAAGAACCCGCCCGGCGCAUCAUCAAACAAUGCCUCGUUGGUCGUGAAAUGGGACAUAUCGUCUCUCAAAACCGCAUUUCCAAAAUUACCUUCCAUCCGACCGAUUCCACGAAACUGCGCGUUCCCUUCGCCGGUGGGAAAACAAGUGAUUGGAGGGGAUGGAAGGCUGCUGAGCAUGGUUAAGCAGCGGUUCUCUUCAUCUGAAGCAGUUGCAAGAUUGUUCGACGAGAUAGUCGCGCUGGAAAGAGGAUCCGGUGGGUCAAUACGGAAGGAAAUGCUCAGUGGGAAUGGGUCGGAUCUGGACGGGCCACGUUUGAAGAGCCAAAGCCUGGUUGGUUUCGUUGCGUACUUGGAAGACAGCGGCGCGGAUGCGACUUGGAAAGAGAAAAAAGUCUGGAGAGAAAAAGUCUGGGAAGACUACACGUUGCAGAUAAUGCUGGACGAACCGCUUCGAAUGGUCCGCGCUGCAGGCCAAGAGCCCAUCUUAGCUAGAUUAUUCACGUUUUUGGAUAUUCGUUUAUUCUCAGGAACAUCUCCUGAUGGCGCCAGAAGCGUUGGCUUUUUCAUUGUCAACUUUUCUCAUGCCCCCAUAAAGGCUAACGGAGUGCUCAUACUCCCCGGUGGCAUCUCUGGGCCCUUGCCUGAGUUCGCGCUGAUUCAGUGCGGUAGCAAAGCCGUGUUCUGGUGGCUCACGCCAAAAAGUAUGGAUUAUGUUCCGGAAAUCUCGGAUGAGAAGGCAAUGGAAGCCGCAACGCGCGGCGAGGAAGAAUUUGUUGAUCUUGCCGAUGAAACGGGGGCUCGAGAGAAUUGGGGACAACAGAUUUUUGUUGUAUAA